CCAACACGCGAGAAGACCCAGAAGCUACAAAGCGGUUCUUUUUGUCUUCCCUAUGCGAAUCCUCCUAAUUCUGCAGGAGUGGGGCGGGGGGCUGGGGGACUAAGGAGGAAAGGGAAACGUCUGCCGAGGACUUGAGACAAAGCGUGAGAACUCAGAUGGCCAAAAGCGGGCUUGAGUGAGAAAAUCGGAAGGCGGGAGGCAGAGGGCGGACAAUCGGGUAAAAAUAGAAACGCAUCCUCCACAGGACUCGCUCUUUCCAGCUCCACCCCGGGGCCGGCAGCUGGGUCGGUGACUCGGCUCCGCGCGACAGCAGCGCCAGCAGGCCCCACCUCGCUUCUCGGAUUGGGACUGGGGCCGGGGGCGGGGCGUCGGAAGCGUGACGUCAUCGCGCUGUCCGCCGCCGUCGUCGGGGUUUUCGCUGACGCACAGACUCCGCCCCCUGCCCCCCUCUUUCCCUCACUGCCCAAGCACCGGGCGGAGAGAGCGCGUCAGUCGGCUGGAGCGCGGAGCCGUGUGCGUCUCGGCUGGGGCUUCGCUCGCUCCUCAGAGCCGCGCAGCUUCCCCGGCGGUAGCAGAAGCGGCGGAGAGCGCCAUCCGCGGGCCCUCGCGGCGCCCAGGCCUCGCAGCGCACGGGCCGCUCGCCCUCGGAGUCGGCCCUGCCCGCCGCCGGUGGAGGCGUGAGGUGACGACGGGCGAGCGCCGCGAGCAGCGUUAGCCGCGCGGCCUGCGGUCCUCCCUCCGCCUCCUCCUCUGCCCCCCCGCCCGCUUCCCUCCUCCCACUUCCCGAGCUCCGGCGUGUCCCGGCCACGCUCGGUGCCGCUGCAGGAACAAAGGAGGACCCCGCGGCGGCGGCGGCGCCACCCCCGCCCGCGGCUCCCACCCUCUCCCGGCCCGCGGCCGCUGCUCCCAGGCGCCCGGCUCGCUCCUCCCGGAGGCCUCGGCCCGGCCCCACCGCGCCGGCGUCCGCGCGAGCCCGGCUUCUGCGCUCCUGCCCCCAGCAGAAAAACAUGGCUCAGGAAACUAACCAGACCCCAGGGCCCAUGCUGUGUAGUACAGGAUGUGGCUUUUAUGGGAAUCCUAGGACAAAUGGAAUGUGUUCUGUUUGCUACAAAGAACAUCUUCAGAGGCAGCAGAAUAGUGGCAGAAUGAGCCCAAUGGGGACAGCUAGUGGUUCCAACAGUCCUACCUCAGAUUCUGCAUCUGUACAAAGAGCAGACGCUAGUUUAAACAACUGUGAAGGUGCUGCUGGCAGCACAUCUGAAAAAUCAAGAAAUGUGCCUGUGGCUGCCUUGCCUGUAACUCAGCAAAUGACAGAAAUGAGCAUUUCAAGAGAGGACAAAAUAACUACCCCGAAAACAGAGGUGUCAGAGCCAGUUGUCACUCAGCCCAGUCCAUCAGUUUCUCAGCCCAGUACUUCUCAAAGUGAAGAAAAAGCUCCUGAGUUGCCCAAACCAAAGAAGAACAGAUGUUUCAUGUGCAGAAAGAAAGUUGGCCUUACAGGGUUUGAUUGCCGAUGCGGAAAUUUGUUUUGUGGACUUCACCGUUACUCUGACAAGCACAACUGUCCAUAUGAUUACAAAGCAGAAGCUGCAGCGAAGAUCAGAAAAGAGAAUCCAGUUGUUGUGGCUGAAAAAAUCCAGAGAAUAUAAAUUACUACUUGUGAAGAGACUGAAACUUUGUUUUUAUUUUAAUAUAUCGUAGGAAAACAUUAAAGAGCAGAUGCAUGGCCAUUUUC